AUGAUGGCGCACAAUCCAUCCAACGAUCCGCUCCAAGGACCUCCACAGCAGCAACAACCCCAAAUGGUUCCCCAACAAAGAGCUCCUCAUCAACAGCCACACGAGUUGGGCCACGUCGAGCCAAAAAACGGCUUCAUCAGCUGGAACAAUCACAACCCGUUCGAUGUCAACCUGUACCCGAUUACUAAUCCGCCCAUCAUCGACUCAACGUUCUUUCUACCCUACACCAACGAGCAAGGGGUACAAAGACGAAGGAGAAUAUCCAUCUCCAAUGGUCAAAUUGGCCAGAUUAUCAACCACGAGGCCUUAUACGCAGAUGAUGAUUCCUACGAUGAACUCAGUGAUCUUCCUUUCAAACCUCCUCACCAACAACAGCAACAACAGCAACCGCAGCAACAGCUCCAGUCAGUGGACCCGGGCCAGCCUUUGGUUAGCGAGCCUCGUAUGCUCCCAUACGAGGUACAUGGUGUGGCUCUGCAAUCGGAAUUUUUGCACCGCUCCCAGCAUCCCUCUCAGGGCCCCAAAAUGGAGGAAUCCAAACCCGACUUACAUUUACAGGCUCCCUCUCAGCCCCCAGGCACGAUUUCUGGUCAACAUGGGCCACCUGGGCAACCAACAGGGCCACUACCACCACAUCACGAUAUUUCGGGUACGUUUCCCACCUCAGCUCAUCCUCCGCCUCCGCACUCAGAACAUCAGCCGCUACGCUCUGAACUGGCCGCUCCGCCUCCGAGAGGAGACGCUUCAAUGGCAGGAGAAAGGACUCCUCGCUCGAGCAGCCAUUUGGAAGACGUGGCAGGCGUGCCGCCUCCCAACCAUCAACUCAUUUAUAAUAACGAGGUAAUUUACUCAGCAGAUGGCGGGCCCAUCCCCGGUACGGCCGCAUGGAAGAAAGAGCGGUUGCUCGAAAGAAACAGAAUUGCAGCGUCUAAGUGUAGGCAACGCAAGAAACAGGCCCAGCAACAGCUUCAGAACAACAUCUCCAAAUACGAGCGAGAAAUGAAGGAGCAAAGGCAAACUUUGGACAGGUACGAGAAGCUUCUUGAAAUCUACAACAAGAGCCUUGGGGAGUAUUUCACAGGAGAUAAUACUUCUAUCGACAAAUUACGCCCAUACGUGGGCAAGUCCAUCGACGAGCUUGACCUUUGA